GUGGCGCCGUGUGCCGCGGCUCUGACCCGCUGUCAGUUGCCCGAGCCCUGUGCUACGGUUAGGACCGUGCAAUCGUCACCUUUUAACGAGCACGAGACAGCCUAUCUACUCGAGAAACGACAUUCGGCUCUGUCACGGUCCACGUUUGCCGAUCGCCUCGCCUCCCCCCACCGUUGAGGAAAACAUUCGCGAACAUCGGAUCAACAGGAUCAACCGAACUUGGUUGGUCGAUCCACCAACGUGUACCUUCCAGUACGAUCGAUCUCAACGUGCAACGUGGAGCCGAGGUUGCAUUUCGAUCGUAGAUCGUUGGAGAUCGCGAGGAGAGGAGAUCAAGGGAGCUGCUGUAGAUCGUGGUGGUUUUUGUGGUGGAGAAGUGAUUCCGAGGUUGGUCCGAGAGAGAAGCUCGCCGCUCAUGCUUCGCUGACAAGUCUCAGGAUGUUCUGGUAGAGGUGGUCCGAUCAGGCGGUGAAAUGGCGUGCGGAAUAUCGUUCGAAGCGACUGCCACCAGCACGGUACUUUUCCUCCUGGUACUGCUGCAGGCGGCACUGAUGUGGGACGAGGUACACGGUGCACCAGCCAAGAGAAACGACAUACUCGCGGGCACGGAAUUCCUGUCGGUCUUCAUAAACGGCGCGAUGGCCACGCCGCCGCAGCGGCGCAGGGGUUUCCGGCGCGGAGGUCAGACGGCGUCAGCCGGGGACAGCGCGACAGCGGAGUCGCAUCAGCACGAGGCUUCGAUCUACCGGAUAUCGCGGAAUCCUGGCAACAGGCAGGUGAUCCCGAGGGCGCGGAACACCAGCGGCCGGGAGGAGAUUGUGCGAUUCUACCCGAUAAGUCAGAAAACGUUGGAGAACAGGCAGCAGAAUCUGGCGUCGUUGAUCGACGAGCUGAGCACCGGCGGCGACUUGUCCUCGACGCGGCUGGCGCCACACAGUCCGACCAGCACGACCACGACGAAGAGCACGUCGACGAGGGGGAACGCGACGAGCAACUCGACGAGCUCGAAAGGAGUCAGCCGGCAGAAAGUCAUCGGUGUCAGCGUGACGUCCACCGUCGAAGCCACGCCGUACAAGGUCAGGGUGGAGCACUACGACAACGGCGACGCGACGGUCGUGUCCAGACCGCCGGGCUCCGUCGGAAUUUCGUCCAAGGACGUUGCGAGAGAGCUGAAGAAUGGCACGGCCACGAGAACCAUGAGCACCGCGACAACUGCGAGGACGUUCUCCGGCACUACGACCUCGGCCGUCAACGCCACCACGAUCCCCUCGAAAUCGUCGUCGACGACGACCACACCGUCGUCGCCGUCCAGCUUCGUCACGGAGGAGCUUAGCAACAUCGUCUCGGAGUCGAACAGAAGCGAGUUCUCCGUUGACGAGGGCUCGCCGAGCACCAGCUGGCGUGGUGGUCAGAGUUCCGUCACGCCUGGACCGUCGACCACCUACGCCGAGCAUCGAAAGAAGGGGACACGCGGCGAUGACAGUAACGGUAGUAACAACGGGACGAGUAACGAGCCGGGUGACAUGAUCACCCUGCCAACGGAGGAGAACUACGAGCUACCGGAAGAGAACGGCGAGCCAAAGGAGUUGGAGGACGGGGAGGCGCGGUACCAAAGCCAAGGUCGAAAGGCGGGAAGACACUUCGACGCCUCGCGCUACGAUCCAAAGCCGGCUACCAAGAUGUAUAGUUCGGCGUCGAAGGGCUACAAGCCGGCGUACGGCGAGCCAGCCAGGCUGUACAGCGAGCCAGCGAAGAUCUACAGCGAACCAGAGAGGAUUUAUGGUGAACCAGCCAAGGUGUACAGCGAGCCGGCCAAGGUUUAUAGCGAGCCAGCGAGGGUGUACAGCGAGCCAGCCAAGGUUUACAGCGAGCCCGCGAAAGUCUACGGUGAACCGGAGAAAGUGUACUCGGAGCCGUCGAAGGUUUACUCGGAACCGGCUAAAGUUUAUUCGGAACCGGCCAAGAUUUACUCGCAGCCGGCCAAGGUUUAUAGCGAACCUAGCAAACUUUACGACUCGGAGGGCCAGCCGUUCACCAAUCGACAACCUGGCCAGCCACGGGGCGGCGAGCCGGACGAGCAGAAUUACGAAGUCGACGAGUCUGUCAGCGUGAGCAGCAACGGGAACGUCCACGGGCCGCAGAUCAUGCUCACCGAGCCGUCGAACGCUUCCGAGGUGGAGGACGGGCACAAGGUUGGCUACGUGGUCGAGGGUAGGAACUACAGGAAGUACAGGGUCGAGGAGAGAACACCGGACGGUUUCAUCGUUGGUGAAUACGGCGUGGUGAGCCACGACGAUGGCUCUUUGAGAGGCGUACGUUACACCGCUGACGGCACCAUCAAUCCUCGACUAAUUUACGACGCGCUGAUGAAGUUCCUCGCCUUGUGAGACGAGUCAGAAUGAUGGCGGAUGGACAGAAUGAAGUGUAACGAAGUCGACGAGACGUUUUCGCGUCGCUUUGCUCGAAGAGUGGCGAGACGAAGCAAAUACGACUGAUCCUUGCUAACUGCCUCAAAGUAGAAUUUUAAGCAUUUAUCGGGAUCUUUGGGGUCCUUGAGAUCUUUCCCGAUUAGUCGAUUAGACGUGAGAUCGAUGACGGGUGACGAGUCGUGGGAAAUCGAAAGCAAAUGAAGGGGUUGUAUAUCUUUGAAUGGUUGCACAAUUCGAAAGAAUUAUAUUUCAUUAAAUAUCUCGCACUCUGUUCAGUUUCAAAAAUUUCAACUGGACCAGAUGUGUCUUCGUGAGAUUUCGUCAAGCAGAUUUUUUUAAUUUUUGCACAAAAUUUUGCUAGUGCUGGCCAAAGUACAAUACGAUUUUUAAAACGACUGCUAUCUGAGGUUGAGUAAGUUUCAACUCCUUUUAAUAAACGAGAAAGAAAAUACACGAAUCAAAAUUUCGUAUUAAGAUGAUAGUCUUCAGAAUAUCAUCGUCAAUUUUCAUCCAAAUUGAUUCAGUCACCCUUGUCAGAAAUCUAAAAGAAUCACAAUAACAGAAUAUACAGAAUUUUACAAAAAAAUCGUUCUUUCAUCAAAGGUAUAUAACCUCUUACGCAAGUUGAUGCGUGUUUUCUAUCUGCAAAAACAGUUGUUCUUUAAUGAGAGUCCUAUCGAUUGAAAAAAAAAAUACUCGAAACAUGAAAUUUCAACGAUCAACGUGUCAUUUAAUUUCGAUUUUAAAAGAGAUCCCUUCGCGAAUCAUGCCAAUCUGUGAUUCAUAUACACGCAUCCGAGAAAUAAUCUAUCGAAGAUAAAGAAUUCAAUGUCACCGCGUUAAGGAUACCAUGUUGACGAAUGUACAAUGCAUUUCGCAUAAGUUUCACGAGUAAGCACGACUGCUUGGACUCGUUAGCGUGGAUAGUAAUCUCUAGUUGGUCGUCACUCCGUCGUUUCUAAGGUUCUGGGAAAAGGUCACAGCAGAUUCUCCACUGACUUCCACUGCGAUCGGCUCUUUCGUCAGAGAUUUCGUUGAAAUUAUAAAGAACGCACAAUGUUAAAGAUUGUUCGUCCAUGGUUACGAGGAAAGUUCAAGAUGUAGUCUGAGCUGACUCUGUCGGGCUUUGUCUUCCGUCUCACAAACAGUAAUCAGUGAAACAUUCGAAAUUGGAAAGACAGCUUUAUUUUUGAACAAAUUCGAAACUAGAAAACGUCUGAAAUUCAGAGAGAAUUGAGAAGGUGCUGAUAAAAUGGAAGAGACAGAUAUUCGUAACCAUCGAAUGUUUUGUCAAGAUUCCACGAUUACUCCAACAAUUAUUUUAAUCAUUCAAUUACAUUAUUUCAAAGAAUAAAUUCGGAGUCAGAAAGUAUCUAAAAUUCUAAGAGUAUUCAACGAUUGUUCCAAAAAUUAUUUUAAUCAUUCAGUUACAUCUAUUCUAAUAGAAUGAAAAUUAGAAGAGACAGAUAUUCCAUUAUUACUUCAACAAUUUUAAUCAUUCAAUUACAUUUAUUCCAAAGUAUAAAUUCGGAGUUAGAAAAUAUCUAAUAUUCUGAGAGUAUUCAACGAUCGUUCCAACAAUUAUUUUAAUCAUUCAGUUACAUCUAUUCCAAAGAAUAAAUUCCGAAUUGGAAAACAUUUAAAAUUUUAGGCGCUGAUAGAAUGAAAAUUGGAAGAGACAGACAAUUCGUAAGACCAUCGAUCGGAUGUUUCGUCGGAUGUUUCCACGAUCGUUCCAACAAUUAUUUUAAUCAUUCAAUUACUCCAAAGUAAAUCCAACUCAAUUACUCAAUUAUUCGAAAGAAUAAAUUCGGAGUUAAGAAUAAAUUAGAAAACAUCUAAACUUCUGGUAGAAUUGAGCCGAUGAAGUGAAAAGUGGAAGAAACCGAUAUUCGUAACCAUCGAACGUAUGUUUCGCCAAGAUUCGACGAUCACUCCGAAAUAAUUAGUCCAACAACAAUUCGCUGUCUCGGCCAAAGCGACGCGACGCGGCGUCGACGAAACGAAAACGACUGAUCCUCUCGCUCUUGCCAACGCAACUGCCUCAACUGCGAUUUAAUUAUUAAGGAUGGCUCUUCUAAGGAUCACGCUGACGUUGGGAGAGAAGGAAAUGGUCGCUGGACGGGGACAAUUCGAUCGAGAACGGCGACAUAUGCGAAACACACGUACACUUGACUGAAAUGAAAGUGACUCGAGUAUGUUUUCAGUAUGGCGAAUGUACGAACUUUUGUGCUAUUACCCGAUGGCCUUUGACGCGAUUUCGCGUCUCGAGUCGUACAUUUCUUUUCCCUUCGUUUGCCUAGCGAUUAAAACGCGCCUUGUCUCGAUCAAGCCACCGCCGCGGUUGCGUAAAUCUUUUGUGAUCGCGUUAGUAAAUCUCUCGCGCAAGCGUGUGUCUUCUUCCGAGAUUCGUUCAACUGGAAGAUGAUGGUGCGGUGAUGGUGGUGAUGGUGAUGGCGACACGGUGUCCGGUCGUUCCGUCGACGACGUUGCGACAUUUUUCUUUUUUUUUUUUUUUUUCAAUUAUCGUUAUUGGGAAGCGAUUCCCUCCAGUUACGACUGUACGCUUAUGUCUCUUUCUCUCUCUCUCUCUCUCUCUCUCUAUCUAUCUAUCUAUCUCUUAUUUAAUUUUGUUUCUUUUGAUUUUACUGUGUCGCUAAGAGCGAUAGAAAUUAGCGUGGAAGUUGGCGUACACUCUAAAUCGAAUGAAAGACUCGCGAUAGAUGAAAGAUGAAAGCAGCGAAUGAUCCAGGAGUAAUCGAUCAAAUCGAUCGCGGCGCUUCCGCGAUGAAAAAGCACACCGCCGGAAGUCGCAGCUGCCAGGGCCUCCGUGUCUCGUUCACCUUUAGUUGUCUAAUUUAUUUCGAUCUUGCUCGAUGGAUCGAUGCAGUCGGAAGGCUCCGCCGCUGCGGCUCAAACUGCUGACUCGUCGCGGCAGCGUCCCUUGCGCAACCUUUAACGUUUAAGUCUCUACUCUAGGAUAAGCUAGCGUUUUUCUGUUCUUUUCUUUUCUUUUCUUUUUUUCUUUUUCUUUUUCUUUUCUUUUUUCUCUCGACUCAGCCAAGCUCUGCAAUAUUCUGAAAUUCGAGAAAUUUAUGACCGUUGCUGUCAACGUCGAGCUAGAAACUAGUGACAAAUCCUGCGACUUUCCCCCCCCAAAUGUUCUCAUAAUUCGGCAAAUUGCUCGGCUGGUAACGACUCGAAACGAUCGUUUCUCCACCGAGGUUCAAACGAACAGCGAUUUCCCGCGUUGAAGAAGGUAAGAGAAAACUAUAGAGCGUAAGACGAUAAACGUUUAUUUGAUUUAGGUUUAAAUAGCUCAUUCUUCCUCAUUACCUCAAUCUAUGAGAUAGUUCCUCCUGCCAUUUUAAAAUAACGUGUCUCGGCGUAAUUUUAACGCGUUAAACUCACCUUAAAUUAUGUUACACGCGAUCUCGAUCGUUGCCGCUCGACACAUCUGCCCUCGAAACUUUUCUACCCUCUGUCGCGAAGACAGAGAAGAGAUUGGUCUCGUAGCGAUUCACGGUGCCGUUUCGAUUCGCGUCGAAGUCGAUGAAACUCGUUCGUUCGAAUGUUGCUCAUCCUCCGUAGGUUAAGUGCGCGUUCGCAUUGUCUCUACACUUUAAACGCGACAUGCGGAUAUAAAGAUAUUCCGAUUGCAUGCUAUCACAGUUAGGGCGUUAUCACACCUACGUUUCACACGAUUAUGAACGAUUAUGCCCGUCUCUGUUUUACGUUUAGGCGUACAUAUACGUCGUAGUCUAAUGUCUACUAUUAAUUAAUUACUACGCAUAGCGCUGUGCAACCACUGUCAUUCGUCGAAUGCAACUUUGUAAUAAAUUCCAUUGUCACAAUAA